UUUUUUGGUUAUGUUUUGCAUCAAUUCUUAGAAAAUCGUCAACAAGAUGUUUGUUAAAAUGCUUAUUCUAGACACUAUUCUCAAUCUGGGAUUUUGGGUUCUCGAUUUGCCAAGGCUUACUCGAAGUGAUCGCUAAUAAUUGGCUAUGCUGGUUACAAAACUCAAAUCGUUGAUGAAAAAUUAGAAAACCCCACCAAUGUUUUUGGGGGGCGUUCCUUUUUCUGUUUAGGUUGUGCUGUGUUGAGUGAAAUUUGUGUUUGUUUACGUCCUAUAUUUGGCUGUUUUCAAUGUCGUAAAUUAAGGGAUGUAGCUGAGUUGUCUGCAGAUAAGACUAUCUUCUACGUCGGCUCGGUUUCACGGGUUUACAUGAACAAGUCAUAGGUGCCGCCGUUUGUUUUGAUUUGUUGAAUUCGUUUUCAAUUCAUUCCCACACACCUCGUCCUUCAAUUAUUACACGCAUCUGCAGUGUUUAAUUAGGAGGUGUAUUUUCUUUUCUGUCCACUAUAUUGUAAUAAUUCCUUGGAUUUUGAUUUGCCUGCGAUCUUUGUAUCUUGCAUUCAGAUUCAUAUAGCAGGAUUUGUUGGGUUCUUCUGUAUAGACCUUUUAUUUUGCUUGAUGGGGGCCAAAAGUUCAAGGGAGGCCUCGUUCUAUCGCUCAACUCCUUCUUCUUCUUCUUCUUCGUGGGAUCGCGGUGGGUAUUCUCAUUCGUCAUACGGACAUGAAACCCCAAGUCAUAGGCCUCAGCAAUCGUAUUCUCAAUCUUCAUAUGGACAUGAGACCCCAAGUUAUAUGCCUCAGCCAACCUAUCCUUCCCAGCAGUAUUAUACAUCCCCUCAAGAGGCCUAUGGGAACGUCGAUAAUGGCAGGAGAUUGGAUAGGAGAUACUCGAUGAUUGCUGAUGAUUACCAUUCGUUAGAAGAGGUAACACAGGCUCUUAGAGUUGCUGGCCUCGAGUCUUCCAAUCUUAUUGUUGGCAUUGAUUUCACCAAGAGCAAUGAGUGGACAGGUGCAAGGUCGUUUAAUAGACGGAGCCUACAUCAUAUUGGAGACCACCCAAAUCCUUAUCAACAGGCCAUAUCAAUUAUUGGAAAAACGUUGGCUGCUUUUGACGAUGAUAGCUUAAUUCCCUGCUUUGGAUUUGGAGAUGUAUCAACUCAUGAUCAAGAGGUCUUCAGUUUCUUCCCAGAUGAGGAGAAAGUUUGCAAUGGAUUUGAAGAAGUAUUGAGUCGUUACCAAGAAAUUGCCCCACAUCUACGACUUGCAGGACCGACCUCAUUUGCACCUGUUAUUGAAAUGGCCAUGACCAUUGUCGAGCAGAGUGGAGGUCAAUACCAUGUCUUGCUAAUAAUUGCAGAUGGACAGGUGACUAGAAGUGUAGAUACAGAACGCGGGACACUUAGUCCACAGGAACAAAAGACUGUUGAUGCCAUUGUUGAAGCAAGCAAGUUCCCUCUGUCAAUUGUUUUAGUUGGAGUUGGAGAUGGCCCCUGGGAUAUGAUGAGAGAAUUUGACGACAAUAUCCCAUCACGCGCAUUUGAUAAUUUUCAGUUUGUAAAUUUCUCAGAAAUUAUGUCAAAGAAUAUACCUACAUCUCGGAAAGAAACAGAGUUUGCUCUUGCUGCACUAAUGGAGAUUCCCUCCCAGUACAAGGCUACAAUGGAGCUUGGUGUUUUGGGUGAUCACAAAAGCGUGUCUCCUCAGAGAGUUGCACUUCCUCCACCAGUCUAUGGCGCAGCAGCUUCUUUUGGUAGUUCAAAAUCUUUCAGUAAUUCAAAGCCUACCUUGUCUUCCAGUUAUGAGCCAAGUGUGCCAUCUUUCCCCGAACGCCGAAAUCUUACUAGAACUAGUACAGCUCCUUCUAUAGCAAGCUCAACUUAUGAUAAUCAGAUCUGCCCCAUUUGCCUCAGCAAUCCAAAGGACAUGGCUUUUGGCUGUGGACACCAGACGUGUUGUGAAUGUGGACAAGACCUCCAGACAUGUCCCAUAUGUAGGAGCGCCAUUCACACCAGGAUAAAGCUUUACUGAGGCGUCUUGGUUUGCUGCUUUGUUGAAAUUCUUUGUAAUCUAUUCCUUAAUUUAUCCGAAAUCAUGUCCAGUCUCUGAAUGCAUUGGGUUAUAUGAGAUGUUUGGGUUAUAUUCUUCAUAUAUACUAUGCGAGUUGGCCAUUGAUUUGUGUAGUUAAGAAAAAUGAACAACUUCCCAAGUUCCUAAUUUCGUAUAUGC